CCCUGUGUUGUGUUGUGUUCUUAAAAUGACGAAGAAUUUGAGGUUUUAUGAUGAAGAGGUUGGAAGAAGACUCGUUUCACUUGCUGCUCAGCUGAUAGCCAAAGCCGAUCGAACCUGCCAGCCACCGGCUCAAUACUUUCUAUACACAGACUGACAGACGCAUCUGUCAGUUUUGCGUUGUUUGGCCGUUGCGACUCGACCACCUCCGCCGCCUUCUUGAUCUCCUACGCGGGGGCGAAUCGGAACUCUUCCUCUUGCUCUCGGUUGCUCCAUUGAAGCCCUAAGACUCCACCGCCGAAUCCUGCAUUCUACUGUGCUGAGACAUGUCUUUGUGUUUUCCAUACCGAUGAUCCAAUAGAGUACCGAUCAGCGAUUCAAUUCUCUCCGCUUGUUCGUUACGUGGAUUCUAAUCUACCAUGGCGGACAAACAAGUUGUUAAGCGUGCCAAGUACAAGUCUUCAGUCAAGGAUCCCGGGGUCGCCGGCGUUCUCAAAAUGAGGAUGGAAAGAUUUGUGUUUGUGCCAAAUGAUCCUACAUCAGCCACAAAGCUAAAUGUGGAGUUUAGGACGAUAAAAGGUCAUAAGUUUACAAAGGAGGGUUCAAGUAAGCAGGCUCUACUAAAUCUUACCCAAGACCAGGGGGAAAAUUACAUUUUUGAGUUUGAUAGCUUUUCUGAUCGAGAUGCAUGCCGGGAAUAUGUUGCCACUGCUAUUGCACAUCAUUCUGAAGCUGGAAGGCUGGUCAAUGAAAAAUCUAAUGUCCCUGUGAGCAAUGAACAACUUAGUAGAGCAGAAACCGAACGAAGAAUUAAGCUACUUCAGGAGAAUAGUGAAUUACAGGCACUUCACAAGCAACUUGUAUUCGGAGGGAUAUUGACAGAUGAUGAAUUCUGGGCUACAAGGAAGAAAUUGCUGGACCACAGUGAUAGCCGAAAGCCAAAGCAGCGUUUGGCAUUAAAAAAUGAAAUGUGGAGUGUUAAACCAUUAUCUGAUGGUCAGUCCAACAGAGUGACGUUUAACUUGACACCAGAAAUCAUUCAUCAGAUAUUUGCUGAGAAACCUGCUGUACGCCAGGCUUAUUUAAAUUUUGUCCCAAACAAGAUGACAGAAAAAGAGUUCUGGACCAAGUAUUCAAGAGCUGAAUAUCUUCACAGCACAAAAAACGUAGUUGCUGCAGCAGCCGAAGCUGCUGAAGAUGAAGAGCUUGCUGUUUUUCUGAAGCAAGAUGAUAUGCUUGCAAAUGAGGCUAGGAGAAAGAUCAGGCAGGUUGAUCCAACUGUAGACAUGAAAGCUGAUGAAGGUGAUGAUUACACUCAUCUACCGGAUCAUGGCUUGCUUGGUGAUGAAACCAAGGAUGUAUUGGAAUCACAAUAUAAGCCAUAUCGUAGAUCCUUUGCACAAGAUCUGAAUCAACAUGCUUCUGUUGUUCUUCAGGGAAGGCUUGUAGAUGAGCUAGGAGAUACAAGGUCUGUUGCGGAGGCCCUUGCGAGGACAAAACAAGCUGAGUUAUCUGAUGAGAUAUCCAAUCGGAAUUUAGAAAAAGAGCUAUCGGACAAGAUUUGUAGAAUGGCUGAGAUUGAAGAUCUGCAAGGGCCACGUGAUACUGCAGUUGCUCCUCUCAGCAUCAAGGAUCCACGGGAUUAUUUUGACUCUCAACAUGCUAAUGCACUAAAAGCACUGGGAGAUGCAGGUACAGGUACAAAACCAUUAAAAUCCAGCGUGAGCUCUUCUAAAGCUUAUGGUUCCUUAAGGGAUCUAGUCUCAGAAAUCAGAGGUACUGGAUUGAGUGACCCAAUAAUGAGUCACGAUGUUGCUCUUAAGGUCCUUAGUGGGUUGACCCAAAAUAUCUCCAGCACCAGGUUUCAUCUCGGAAUCAAUCCAAAUGAGAGUGUCUUGAACAGGUUGCCUAAAGUCACUAAAGAGGAGCUUUUACAUCACUGGACUUCUAUCCAAGAAUUGCUCAAACAUUUUUGGUCAUCAUAUCCUAUUACAACCAAGUACCUCUAUACCAAGGUAACCAGAUUGAAAGAUGCAAUGUCCCAAGUUUAUCCCAAGUUGCAGGAGAUCAAGGAAUCUGUGCAGUCCGAUUUCAGACAUCAAGUCUCACUUCUAGUUCACCCGAUGCUUCAGGCGCUGGACGCCGCGUUUGCACACUAUGAAGCGGAUGCACAGAGGAGAUCUUCCAAGAGUGGGGAAAGGCCAAACGGCUUCACCUGAUAGAGUUUCUUUAUAAUCAACGUACGUAUCACUUCUCCUGUUCUGUUCAAGUGUACAUUUUAUCACAAAAUUUUGGUAUUUUAUUGGAAGAGUAUCAUUAUUUACAUUUACAUGUGCUUGUUUUGGUUUGUUUUGCUGUGCUAGAUUUCCAUGUGUAUCAUCGAGUCAAGCUUCUCACUAAUUUUGUGCCGUUCAUGCAAUUCUAGUAUUGUUCUUGAUCGCAAUCUAUAUUGCAUGAC